GGACGCUGAUCAUACUCUGAGCAGUAUAACUAUUCACCACCAAUCUGUGGACGUAUAAGGCAACAGCCCAAAAACCCAAAAGAGAGCAUCUCAGAUGUACAGCUAAAACAGUCUCCAAAAUCCCCAUCCCCUCGACCAUGUCUAACCACCUAAUCCUCUUCUUCCUCCUCCUCCUCAUCCUCAUCCUCUGUGGCCCCACCAAUGGUCGCUUCACUUCCCUCUUUCAGUCAUCCUCUGAUCUGGUCUCCGAUGGUGGCGUCCAGCAGGUCCACCACUCACCCUACCUGGCCCUCAACCGCCUCUCUGCGGCGGAUUCCUCGUGCGAUCAGACCUACGGGUUCUUGCCCUGCACCACCUCCGUGAUCGGCAACCUCUUCCUCAUCCUCGUCUACGGGUACCUCAUGUUCCUCGCUGCGACCUACUUGUCCAAUGGCAGCGAGCUCUUGUUGGAGAUUCUAGGCCCUGGAAUCGUUGGCGGUCUGUUCCUCCCCAUUCUCGGUGCCCUUCCCGAUGCCAUGCUCAUUCUCGUAUCCGGUCUUUCUGGAACUACAGCAACUGCUCAAAGUCAAGUCGCUGUAGGAAUGGGCUUGCUAGCUGGGUCAACUGUUAUGCUUCUUACAAUAAUAUGGGGAUCAUGUGUUAUCGUUGGCAAGUGUGACCUUGUUGAUUCAAAGGCACUAGACGCACAAGAUACAAAAGGCUUUAGCUUAACUGAAUCUGGAGUUAGUACUGACAUCUGGACUUGCUACGGUGCAAGGAUUAUGGUCAUAUCUGUCAUCCCAUUUUUAGUCGUUCAAAUACCACAAGCUCUCAAUUCAACUUCAGGGAGGCACUUAGCAAUCUUGAUUGGGCUUAUCAUCUCUCUUCUACUAUUGGUUUCUUAUUGCGUUUAUCAGGUCCUUCAGCCUUGGAUCCAGAGGAGAAAAUUUGCAUAUGUGAAGCACAAGCAUGUUGUAUUUGGACUUCUAAAGUAUCUGAGAAAACAUGCACUGGGAAGGCUCUUCAUGGAUGAUGGUUCACCUAACAGAGACGUUAUUGACAAGCUGUUUUCUGCAAUUGACACAGAUAAGGAUGGAAACAUUUCAAAAACUGAAUUGAGAGCAUUGAUUGUUGGAAUUGAGUUUGAAGAGAUUAUUGACCUGGAUCAUGACGAUGCUGUAGAUAAAAUAAUGAUAGAUUUUGAUACGUCCCAUAAUGAAGUCAUUGAUAAGGAAGAGUUUUUCCAAGGCAUUAAAAGAUGGCUAAGUAAGUUAAAGCAGAGGCUGCCUUCCUCUGGUGAUCCUGGUCCUCAAACAGAAAGGUUUUUAAAUGACUUUCACCAGGAAAUAAAAAGAGAGAAAGAUUUGUUGGAUGUGGGGGAACAAAGUGAUGAAGUUGUCGAGGGUGUUGAGAAUUCCAAGUGGACCUCCAUCAAAGCAGUGCUGUUAUUGGUUCUGGGAACUAUCAUUGCUGCAGCAUUUGCCGAUCCCCUGGUGGAUGCUGUUGAUAACUUUUCUGAUGCCACUAGUAUUCCUGUUUUCUUCAUCUCGUUUAUUGCGCUGCCUUUGGCUACCAACUCUAGCGAAGCUGUCACAGCAAUUAUAUUUGCUAGCCGUGAUAAGCGGGAAACUGCCUCAUUAACAUUUUCUGAGCUAUAUGGGGCAGCAACGAUGAAUAACCUCCUCUGCCUCGCAGUCUUCCUAGCCCUUGUUUACGUCAGGGACUUGACAUGGGAGUUCUCAGCUGAAGUGGUGGUCAUUCUAAUUGUCUGCAUUGUGAUGGGUGCCUUGGCCAGCUUCCGCACCCAUUUCCCUCUCUGGACAUCUAUAUUAGCUAUCCUACUUUAUCCAUUCUCCCUGGCGCUGGUUUAUGUCCUUGACUACGUUUUAGGGUGGUCAUAGAUUCACGGAUGUCCUAAAGUUUUGAGUUGUGGGUAUUCCAUUUCCUGCAUGAAGAAGAUUCACGGUUGUUUCUCUUAAUCAGUUGCUGUUAUUUAUCGUAUGAGACUAAUAUUUUGACUGUUUUGAGGAGCCUAGUAUGGGCAGUUUUUGUAGUUGUACAACUAUUGCUUUCAAAUUCUGGUAUUGUUAUCUUUUUUGGUUUA